AUGUAACAAGUGGAGCCAAUUAUAGCUAAGUUGCGAUUAGCUGAUUUAGACGACUACGAACCCCUCAAGAAAUUCCUACCCAAUCCCAAUAUCAAGUUAUCACACAUAGCAUUUGCAUCAUUAUUGCUCUCAAUAUUAUGCACCUUGUUGGGCAUUGCACCAAGGGUCGUGACUGGCUUAGUGGGCGCCUUGAUCCCCUCCUUUCAAGCAAUAAACAAGUACCAAACUACAGGCGAGGUUUACACGUGCCUUCCUUAUUUCAUCAUAUUUUCAACCUACUUGACCUUUCAAGGAUGGAUAAUGUGGAUCUUCUCAUUCAUACCAUGCUUCAAUACCAUGUGUUUAUUGUUUGUGUUGGCUCUCCACCACCCCGAUGUGCAAUUAUCUAAUCAAAUUUGGAAUUUGUUGUAGAAAGUAUUAUGA